AUGACAACAGCAGCAGCAGGAGCAGCAGCAGCAGCAGACUGCGUCUGCGGCCCUGGGUACUACUACCGCUCCUCCUCUGCUGCAGCAGCAGGAGCAGCAGCAGCAGCAGGAGCAGCAGCAGCAGCAGGAGCAGCAGCAGCGGAGGAGACCAAGGGGUGUCUCCUUUGUCCCGUCAACACCUACAAGGAGACACUUGGCAACAGCAGCUGCAGGGCCUGCGACGAGAACUCGGGGACUGCAGCACAAGGGGCCACUGCUGCUGCGCAGUGUCUCUGCAGCAAAGGCUACUUCUACAGUCCCCUUUUGAAGCAGUGCGUUGCAUGCAGAGACCCCCGCCGCUUCUGUCCCGGAGGGACUGUCUCCUGCGAAAAGGAGACACUUUGUGCUGCUGCUGCUGUCUCCUGCUGCCCCGCGGAGACUGUCUCCUGCAGCAGCAGCGGCAGCUGCCCGCCCGGCUUCCUCGCCUGCGGCCAAAAGGAGACACUUUGCGCUGCUGCUGCUGCUUCCUGCUGCCCCCAGGAGACUGUCUCCUGCCUCGAUGCUGCAGCUUGUCCCCAGGGCUUCCUGCCUUGCCAAAAGGAGACACUUUGUCAAGGAGACACUCCAAUGCCGCCCCAGGACUGCCCCCCCCACACCCGCAUCACCGCCGGCUUCGACACGCCCUCCAGCGCAGAAGACUGCCUGUGCGACCGCGGCUACGCCUUCUUCGGCUACGAAGAGUCCCCGUUGGAGUUGGUGUCUGCCUCCUCGCCGGCGUCCCCCCGCAGCCGCAGCAGCAGCAGCAGCAGCAGCAGCAGCAGCAGCAGCAGCAGCAGCAGCAGGCGGAAGGUGUGCGUGCCUUGUCCCGCGGGGUCCUACAAGUCCUCCGUGCAAGACUCUCACUGCAAUGGACUUUGUGGAGUUUUUUCGACAAGUUUUCGGGGCAUGACGGAGCAGCAGCAGUGCUUUUGCGAAAAGGGGACAUUUUAUGUCAGCAGCAGCAGCAGCUGCGAGUUGUGUCCCUCGGGGGCGGUUUGCGAGGGGGGCCUGACAGCAGCAGCACAGGCCCGGCUGCUGCAGCUGCCGUCAGCAGCAGCAGCAGCAGCAGCAGCAGCAGCGGCGGCCUCGGGGUCGUCCGCCGCCGCAGCAGCAGCAGCAGCAGCAGCAGCAGCAGACGCAGCAGCGGACGCAGCAGCAGCAGCAGUGAGCAGCGAAGACCACAUAAUGCCUUAUCCGAAGGCGAACUACUUCCUCGUGAAACUCAGAGACAGUUUGGAGACACCUGGGGACUGGCUGUUCCUCAAGUGUCCCGUCUCCGGCGCAUGCAGAGACGGAGGGACUUGCGCGGAGACAAUGGGGGACUUUUUGUGCAGCGAAUGCAAAGAGGGGUUUUCCAACAACUUCGAGAGCGAACUCUGCACUGUCUGUCCCCAAGUGUCUCUAAACGGGUGUCUCCUUUUUCUGUACUACUUGGGGCUGCUGCUGUUCAACAUGGUGAUGGCCUAUUUGAAUGUCUCCGCGGGAUUUAACAGAAGGUCCAUUCAUUCUGUUGUGAUUAAAAUUGCUUCCAACUUCGUGACUUGCAUGUGGGUCUUCACAGUGUUGGAUUUGGAGACACUUGGAGUCCCUUCUUGGUUUUUGCGGCUGCGGUCCGACGUGCAGCAGCAGAUGAGUGUCUCCUCCAAGUCCCGGUGGGUCUCCGUGGACUGUCUCCUCCGGAGUCUCUUCCACUUGAGUUAUUCGGAGACAUAUUUCUACUCCAUGUUGUUUUACUUGCUGCUGCCGCUGGCGCUGCCAGCAGCAGCCACGCUGCUGCUGUACCUGCUGGUCUCCAGACUGCAGCAGCAGCAGCAGCAGCAGACGCAGCGGCAGCUGCUGCUGCUGCAGCAGACGCAGCAGUUCCAGCUGCAGGCGCUGGCGCAGCAGCUCCGAGACAAACUCGAGGAAGAGAGACUCUUCCUCAUGUUCCGCAAAGUGUCUCUUCCCGAGGAGACACUUUGGAGACACUUCUCCAAGUUCUUCGAAGACAUGACUCCCGUCUUCGUCACCAUUUGGUUCUUCAUCUACACUUCCACUUCCCGCAACAUGCUGUCUCUUCUCAAGUGCACGGGAAUAGAGUUUGGAGACACUCAAGGAGGGACUAAGUUCUUCCUGGCGGCCGCCAUGAGCAUGCAGUGCGAAGUGUCUCCUUCGAGUCCCUACCUGCCCUUCUUCCUCCUCGGAGUGGUGGGGUUGUUGUUAUGGAGCGUGGGGAUCCCCUUGGGGGCCUUUUGGGUUCUUUUUGUCAACAGAAAAAACUUAAACAGCAAACAAACUCGCCUCAAGUUCGGCUUUCUCCACAACGGCUUUGUGCGCCAGUUCUGGUUCUGGGAGACAGUCGUUUUCGCCCGCAAACUCGCAGUUCUAGUUGUCUCCUCGGCUGCUUUUUUUGUCUCCAAGAGUCUCCCUUCUGCCACUGUUGCUGCUGCCACUGCCCUCGCCAUUGCCUUCAAUAUUCUCCACCUCAAAAACUACUCCACUUUGGAUCGCCUCGAAAACCACAGCAUGGCCAUUUGGACUUUCGCCUGCUGCACCGUCGGGUUGAUUCUGGGCGGGGGUUUCUCUGGGACAGUGAAUUUGGCGUUGUUGGUGGUGGUUUUGGUGCCGGUGGUUUUCUUUUUGUUGGAGGUUUUGCUGAACCUGGCCUUCGCCUACUUCGACAACGUGCGGGCCACCAAACCCUUUUUUAGGGUUCCGUUCUUGGGUCUCCUUUUCCAAACCCUCGCGGCGCUUUCCGAAAAAAGAAAAGCCAAAGAACCCCUCGUGCUUUUCAACAACCGCGAGGAGACAAUCGAGUUACUCGCCGCUCGCCGCAAGGGGGCCCUCGCGCGCCUGCUGCGCCCCCGCAGCAGCAGCAGCAGCAGCAGCAGCAGCAGCAGCAGCAGCAGCAGCAGCAGCAGCAGCAGCAGCAGGAGGGGGAUAAACUACGAAGAACGCAGCUACUUUCUCAAGGUCCUCGGGGAGGCCCUGGGCCUCGCAGUGGUCCACUUGAGACUCGAAGUUGUCCCCGGAUCUUUUUUGGAGUUUGCAUUAAGACUUGGACUUUCUUUUUCUAAAAUAGAAGAAGAGACACAAAGCAGCAGCGCCUCCCUCGGGGCCCUCGCCCGCGGAGACCUCAGCCAGCUGCUGGACUGGUCGCUGCAGCAGCAGAGUCGGAGACAAAAGGAGACAGAAAUUCGGAGACAGCUCGUCAGGGCCCGGGGGACUCUCGCGGUCAACUCGGCCUUCAAAAACUGGCAGCAGAGAGUGAAAAAGGAGACACUGCAGCGCAGCAGCAGCAGCAGCAGCAGCAGCAGCAGCAGCAGCAGCAGCAGCAGCGGAGAAAGCGCGCACUCCGACACGGAACCCGACGAGGAUACCACGGCGCGUUUGGAGGAGUUGGAGAAGGUGGUGGGGCGGAUGACUCGCGAGGAGCAGACGGAGACACUUUAUUUGUUUGACGAGAGUUUGUGGAGUUCGGGGAUAGUUCUUUCGGAGUUAUAUUUGUCUCUUUUGAAGUUGCAAUUAAAGUCUCCGCAGACUUUGGCGGAUCAAUUUGAAGCUUUUCGCGAGAAGAAGCAGCUGCAGCAGGAGCAGCAAACUGCGCAGCAAAGGGCCCGCAACAAAAAGCUCAAACUGCUGAAAAAGGCCCUCAACUGUCUCCUCCGGGAGGCCCCCGGGGGGGCUGCGCAGCUGCUGCCCACGGCUGCGGAGGCGCAGCAGACGCAGCAGCGGCUGCAGCAGGUGCAGCAGCAGCAGCAGCUGCUGCAGCAGCAGCUGCUGCGCCUUAGGGACAAACCCCACACUUUCAGCCCCGACUCCCCAGAGACCUACUUCGCCUUUCUCCAAAACCCCACACCCGAGGAAGCAGAGGCCUUCUUCACGGAACCCGACGAAUCCACCAGCAGCAGCAGCAGCAGCAGCAGCAGCAGCAGCAGCAGCAGCAGUGCUGCUGCAGCAGCAGACGCGCAAACGGCGCAGCCGGAAGCAACGCCGCCUGACGACGCUGCCGCGCUCUUCGCCUCCGACUCCGAAAACGAAGGAGACAGGGUCGUUCGAGUGGUGGGGGCGGACGCUGACCAGUGGAUGGAAGAUUAA